AUGAAGCUCAUCUCUGCUAUCUCGCUGCUACUCGCAGCUGUUAAUGCCACUCCGCUUAAUCUAGUCGAGAGCGACCUAGGAUCAUUAGAGAAACGGGACACAGAGAUUAUCUACCUCUCCAACUGCCUCAAGUCAGUUUCUUCUGGUAGUCCUACAGCCUCGUCGGAGAUCAUUUCGAAUGGAGAGGUGCCACCUACUCAAGACCAGUGCACUGUUUCUGCCAGCUCCUAUACAACUUGGGAGGGCCAGAGUCGUGCCUGUAAAUUUUCCACUGGAGUUACCUUUACCUCCCACAUAGAGGCUGGCUCGCAUAGCUUUCCCAACUUUUCGGGAACGGGAAAUAACGGCAAAAAUUGGAAUUGCUACCGAGACAAUGGGCGAGGGCUCUUCACCACCUCCGGCCCUGAAUGGUCCCGCACCUGUUCUUCGGUGUAUUAUUGCGUUCCCGCUUAG